GCGCCGACUCCUUAUACUCGCGACAUUUCCUCAGGCGAGAAACCGCCGGGGUCGCGCGCGGGCUCCGCUUCUCCUUCCGCUAGAAGCUACUUAUUAGGGUUCUACAAUCGCACCACUUUCCCGGUCCUCCAAAACCCUAGCUGCUGCAUUGCUCUACUCCAUCUCGAUAGCAAAUGCCGAUCUACAAGAUUAGGGGGAUCGAUGUCGAUUUCCCCUUCGAAGCCUACGAUUGCCAGAUCGUCUACAUGGAGAAGGUCAUCCAAUCCUUACAGGAGGGACGCAAUGCUUUGCUGGAGAGUCCCACAGGAACGGGGAAAACACUCUGCCUCUUAUGCGCCACUUUGGCUUGGAGGAAGAGCUUUGGUGAUUUCUCAACUAUCGGUAAUGAAGAUAGGAGUUGGGGUUCGGGGAGUCAGCCGAGCAGCAGUCAAUCAACGGAGCAACCACGAUCAAAUUUUCCGGUGAUUAUAUACACGUCACGAACUCACAGCCAACUGAAGCAGGUCAUAAGAGAGCUCAGAACAAGCAAUUACAGGCCCAAGAUGGCAAUACUAGGUUCUCGCGAGCAGAUGUGCAUUCAUGAUGAAGUGCGUUCAGUUCGGGGCAGAGCACAAAACAAUGCUUGCCACUACGUUUGCAGAAAACGUUUAUGCCGUCAUCACUCCCACGUUUCUGAGUAUGUGAAGAAGCACCAUGGUCUAGGGAAUGAACCUUUUGACAUUGAAGAUUUGGUAAAUAUUGGAAGAACCAAGGGCCCAUGUCCGUAUUACGUAUCCCGUGAACUUCACAAGACUGCUGAUAUAUUGUUUGCUCCAUACAACUACCUUAUUGAUCCUGGAAACCGGCGGUCUUUAACUGGUAUACCAUGGAGCAAUGCUGUACUCAUAUUUGAUGAAGCUCACAACCUGGAGAGCAUAUGUGCAGAUGCAGCUUCAUUUGAUUUGCCUUCUAGCUAUCUUACUGCUUGCAUCUCUGAAGCAAAACAAUGUAUUGACAUUUGCAUAGCAAAAAGGGCAAUUGACAAAUCUGCUGACAAACAACUUGAUCCAGAAAACUAUGCUAUUCUACGAGCUCUUUUGCUGAAGCUUGAGAAACGGAUUGCUGAAGUUGCUAUCGAAUCCAAAGAAUUGGGCUUCACUCGUCCUGGGAAUUACAUAUAUGAAUUUCUUUCUGAUCUGAAUAUCACAUAUGAGACAGCCAAUAUGCUUAUCUCUACAAUCGACAACGCCUCUUUGCUCCUUGAGGAGGGGAUUACACCUGAGACGGGAGUGCCGGUCAAGAUGAAGGGUACUUUAUGCAGACUAGAAAGCAUAAGGGAUAUACUCAAUAUAAUUUUCAGGGAUGGUGGUAGAGUCCAUGCCAAGUACUAUCGUUUUCAUGUGCAGGAAUCACAGCCAAGUUUUGCAGAUUCCUUCAGAGUUGCAGGUAAGGGGUCAAGGGUGCUUAGUUGGUGGUGUUUCAACCCUGGACUUGCGAUGGAAGAAUUUGUUAAGUUGGGCAUACGCUCUAUCAUAUUGACAUCAGGCACACUAUCUCCGCUAGAUUCAUUUGCCAUGGAACUAAAUUUAGAGUUCCCAGUCAGGUUAGAGAACCCUCAUGUCAUAUCUUCUAAUCAAAUCUGUGUUGGAGUUGUACCUACCGGCCCAUCUGGUUAUCCAUUUAAUUCUUCCUACCGGACUCGUGAUUCUCUAGAAUAUAAGCAAGAGCUGGGCAAUGCAAUUGUUAAUUUUGCUCGAAUUGUGCCGGAUGGGCUUCUUGUGUUUUUUCCCUCAUACUACAUGAUGGACCAGUGCAUUGAGUGCUGGAAAAGCAUGAUUCUUGCAGAUGCUAUUGUCUUUCAGAGUCAUGCAAGCUCAGCAGUUUUGAGCACAAUUUGGGAAAGGAUUUGCAAGCACAAACAACCUGUUGUAGAGCCUAAACAGUCAUCACUCUUUCCACAUGCAAUCGAGGAUUUUGAGACAAAGUUACGUGAUAGUUCUACAUCAGGGGCAAUAUUUUUUGCAGUCUGUCGUGGCAAAGUUAGUGAGGGGCUUGAUUUUGCUGACCAGGCUGGGAGAGCCGUGCUUAUCACAGGCAUGCCCUUUUCUAUGAAGACUGAUCCCAAGGUUCGUCUCAAACGUGAAUACUUGGAUCAGCAGGCUCAAUCAGUGAAGAAAGACUCUAAGGCAUUGACAGGGGAGGAAUGGUAUGUUCAGCAAGCCACAAGGGCUGUCAAUCAGGCCGUUGGACGUGUCCUUAGACAUCGCCAUGAUUAUGGAGCAAUAAUUUUCUGCGAUGAACGGUUUGCACAACAAAAUCAUCAAAGCCAAAUGUCAUACUGGCUCCGACCUCAUAUAAAGUGCUACACGAAGUUUGGAGAUGUAGUGUUUACAUUGACUAGAUUUUUUCGAGAAAAAGACAGCUUUGGGCCCUUGAGACCAAAACAGCCAGAAAUUUCCAAGACUGGUAAGCUCAGCCUAUCUCAGGACAAAACCUCAUCGUUAAAAUCUCUCGCCUCACUCACCUCUUUGGCUUCAACUGCUGAAAAUUAUGUUACAAAGUCGUCUUUAGUAAUACCUGCAAUUGCCACAGACAACAGCUAUGACCAGUUUGGUCACAUUGUUCCUGCCAAUCGCUCUAAUCUUUCUAACAAAUACAUUAAUCACACGAGCCAACAUUCAGGAGAUCAAUUUUCCUUUAGGAAAAGAUCGGGAGAGAACGAAAAUAAUAAAAGAAAUUCUCAGUAUCAGGAUGAUGAAGUGAUUGAUCUGACUGGUGAUGCACUGCUUUGCAAGAAAUCGGCUGAAGAUGUCAUGACACCUAUAUCUUUCAAAAAGCUAAAAUUAUAUGAGAGAAGCAAUGUUAUGGUUGAAUCUAGAAAUGCUUCCUCUUCAAAGCUGUUACAUAAUGCUGAUUCAACAUUCUCUCUAGAAAAGUCUCCUGGCGACAGAAGUUCAGAGAGGGGAAAUAAGAAAAUAUCACAGCUUCCAUCAAGUGAUCCUGUAGGAUUUGGAGCUAAUAGUAAUUAUGAAGAAGCACAAAGUCAUCAAGGUGGUACUAAAAGUAGUUCGUUUCCUAGUGGCGAUGAGGAAACCAGAGGCUCUGCGUUCUUGGCACAGGUUCAAGAAAAACUCACCGCUACAGAGUAUAAAGAAUUUGUGGGAUUCAUGAAAGCAUUAAAAUUGAAAACCAUGAAGAUUUCACCUGUUCUGGAGUCGAUUGCGAGAUUGUUCUCUAGUCCAGGAAGGCUUUCACUUCUUAAAAGGUUUAAGGAUUUUGUUCCUGCAAAAUAUCAUGACAUAUACGAGCAGCUUCUUAGAACUCAUGGUGCAGCGGACAAUACAUAAGAAAUUUCCCGUGACCUGCUAGGCUGCUGCUUAUAUUAAAUCUAUUUACCUCAGUAGAUUACCUCAUCUGAUGUGUCAGCUAUUCAUUAUCGACUAAUUAUGUAGAUGAACAGAAUCAAGUGCCCAACAGGAAAUUGGCCAUCCAUGGUCAAAUCAUGUUGAAAUUUUAGGCUUAUCUUCGCCGUGCCUUUUGCUACAUGCCAGAUUCCCAAAAAAAAGCUUCAGGUUCUGCGACAAUUUUAGGAGCAAAGACAACUAACUGUAACUUGUACAAUCUUGUCUAAUUAAUGCUGAAAUAUGUAAUCUCCAUAAGAAAUACAGGGUGAGAGCUGAUAAUGGCUCUACUAUAAGGCCAUUUGACAAUUUAACGCACUACCGUACAGUGACGGCUCGAAGACUUCGUGGAUUCGAGAAAGAAGAAAAUGGAGUUUGUAAAGCUGUGUUAUAUUAAAUUAUACAGUUUAAUUGUUUGGUCAAAAUAAUUGCUUUUUGGUGUUCUGAGGCUCUUGCCUCUUGCUGUAAAGUUAUGAGAAAUUGAAAUAACAGUGAGAAAGUAUUUCUCGACUUA